CAAUUUCAAUUAACUCCAUAGAUUUCUUCUUCAGCUUGAGCUCUACUGCAAAAAACCCCCCUUUUAACCAAAUUUUUAAAAUCAAAUUAAAGUUCCAUUUUUUUCUUAAUUUUUAACUAAAUAGUUGCAUUUGUAUCCUAAUUUGCUCUUAAUUAAUGUUAAUAAUAGUGAAAAGUGAAGCUCUGGAGCAAACUUAUAAUUGUAGGUCACGAGUUCGAGCCGUGGAACGAGUGUAAGCCCCUUUUCUAUUAUAAAAUUGACCCUUUUCGGGUUCAGGUGGACUACUCUCUUGGAUGUGCUUUUGAUAUUGUUUAAAGUCCUCGAUUCUUCGUAGCUCAGUCGUUUGGUUUUUCCUUGGAGAAUAACAAGUACAAGAUAAUAGGAAAUUUUCGAAACUUAGUUCUUAUACCAUGCCCAUAUUUUCGGAUAUACAAGAAGCAGAAUUAAGUGGCACAAAAGAAGUUUUCUUGUCUGCCAUCCGCUAUGCCACUUCAACUUGUGAUUCAUUCCCUCAAUUCGAGGAUGAUCUAAGAACCUCAGCUCAAGAACAGGUUGAGUUCAUGCUCGAGGACGAUGAAAAGAUUCCUCUGGUCAUAGCUGAUGAUGAAAUAAAAGUGGAGACUAGAAUUGUGGUGUCUAAAAUCUUUUCUUCUUUCGAAAAUGAAUUAUUCUCGUUGAUUUUGGAGCCUGACAUUGCGAACAUGGAGAUGGAAAAGAAUAUAAUGCGGAGUCUAUCUGACCUCGAAUGGAUGCAUAACACUCUUCUGAAGAUGGAUCUCAUGAAGGACUUUGUCACUCACUGGUCUAAUAUAUCGAGCAAUUUACUGAAGGUCAUCGAAGAUAAAAGACUUGAUUCUGUCAUGUGGGAUUUGAAGAUGAAGUUAAUAGAAGUGACAUCUAAAGUAUUGGAAGCUGUAGGUUACGGAACUGUAGUUCUUCCAGCAGAAAGUCGAGUAGAAUUGCUCAAGACAUGGCUUCCAUACAUAAGAAAAAUGAAGUCCCUUUCCGAUGAAAUGGAGGCUGCAUUUCCAUACAAGAUGAGCGAUGACCUUUGCCAGUGUGUCGAGGGAGCUAUAGUUUCAUUGGUUUCAGCAUUACCGUCAAAUGAUCAAGCUGACAUUCUAGCAGAUUGGAUAAGUGCUGAACAGGUUAAAUAUCCAGACCUUAGCGAGGCUUUUGAGAUAUGGUGUUACAGAACCAAGUCUGCUCAACGAAGAUUAGACGAGGCUUUGACAGAGUCAACAACGCCAAUGCCAUUGCCAUUGUCACCCUCUACAUAAUAUCUGAGACGAAACAUCGCCUCAUAAACACCUCUGGCUGCUGUUGAUUCUCAUAGUAGCGUCCCCAACAUAUUCCCCGGUGAGUUAGCACGAGGCUUUGACAGAGUCAACAACGCCAAUGCCAUUGCCAUUGUCACCCUCAACAUAAUAUCUGAAGACGAAACAUCACCUCAUAAACACCUCUGGCUAUUGUUGAUUCUCAUAGUAGCGUCCCCAACAUAAUUCCCCGGUGAGUUAGCUCUUCGAGAUGUUUUUGUAUCUAUAGUAGUUUUAUGUGUAAUUGUAAUUGGAAACUUCUUUCAUAUAAUAGACAUUUAUAGAUAAGAAAUGAUUCAUUUCUCCUUUGAUCCUA